AGACGGCUCGACCUGUUGCUGCACAUCCACACACCCCCUGAGCUUGUACUCCGAGAGGUGUGCGUGUGUGUGUGCUUCAUUCAUUCACACGUUCAUCCAUAUUGGCAUUAUUUUUUUUCCCAAGCAAACUUCAUCUUAAGACUCGUGGACUCGUUUCUCUAAGAGUUCCGUGCAGGAUUUCCAGCAGACGUUUUUGCGUACACGUCCAGGGGAGCUGUGUAUGUGUGUGUGUGUGUGUAUGUGUGUGUGUGUGUAUGUGUGUGUGUCCUUCAGUGGAACUGUAUAGCUGGAUGACUAUACAAAGAGGUAUCGGUGAAUGCAAAGUGAGUUGUUAAUCCUGGAAUGGAGCCAGCUGGAUGAGAACAUGUGGCCUUACAUGCAGGAACAGGACUGACUUUUACUGAUAAAAGGAGGAAAAGUCACAGCUGAAUAAAGCGAAGCUGAGCAUCAGUGCAGAAGAUCGGGCCUGCCGGAGGAGAGAUUAGAUAGCGAAGAGACGCAAGAGGAGCGACUGAUAGAGGAGAAGACAGAGAGAGAGAGAGAGAGAGAGAGAGAGAGAGAUGAUGGAUUAUUCGUAUUUGUGGAUCUUGAUCUUGUCUCUUUCUCUCUCCUGUCGGAGUGUGUCUGCACAAGCUGAAGAGUGCCGCACAGCCUUGCCCGCAGACAUCGUGUUCUUGGUGGACGAGUCGUGGUCCGUGGGUCCUUCUAGCUUCAGCCAGAUUAAAGAGUUCAUCGCUGAAAUUAUCCGAUCCUUCCAGAGCGGCGUGAUCGGAUCGGAAGGUGUCCGCUUCGGAGUCACUUUAUAUGCAGACGUUCCAAGGAUGCGGGUUGCUCUGACGGACUACUCCACCCUGGAGGAGAUCUUAAACGCGGUGGAGGAGCUGCCGUAUGAAGGAGGAGGCAGUCGCACGGGCGUGGCCCUGGAGUUCCUUGUGGAAUCCGUCUUUAGCCCGUCAAUUGUCCGAGAAAACACUCCAAAGAUCGCAGUGCUCAUUACAAACGGCAGAUCGGAUGACGUGAUCGACGGAGCGGUUAAAGCGAUAGUGGAGAGUGGCAUCUCUCUUUUCGCAGUAGGUGUGAGGAAUGCUGAUCCAGAGGAGCUGAAGAGAAUAGUGAGCAAGCCUCAUGAGGAGCACCUGAUGCUCAGCCCUGAUUCGUCCUACCUGGAGAACCUGCUGCCCAAAAUCUCUCGCAGAGUGUGUUUCACCGCCUCCGAACCGCCUAGACCUGUUAAACACACACAUCCGGUGACUGAGAAGGUGGUCGGCCCCAGGGACCUGCAGGUCAGCGAGGUGAGCUACAACUCUCUGCAGCUCUCAUGGAGUCAGGCCACUGGAGACGUGACAGGUUACAGGCUGCUGAUCGCUCCCGUGUCCCCGAAGGGCCAUCUGCUCCCAAUAAAACCACGACAGAUUGAUUUGAAGGGAGAUGUGGGAAAUACCAAAGUAACAGGGUUAACCCCGAAGACCGAGUACUCCCUCACCAUCUACGCCAUCUACCCCGGACUUAUCGGAGAAUCUUCCACCAUAAACGCAGAGACGAUUCCUGUACCAUCAGUGGCAAACUUCCGUGUGACCGAGGAAGGGCUGUUCUCUUUACGCUUGGCCUGGACGUCUCCACCCGGCCAGGUGGACACCUACAAAAUCUUCAUCCCGAGAUCCGACAGACCUGGGAUGAUCUAUGAGCAGAUGCUGCAGGGCGAUGCCUCCUCUCACGUGAUUGAUAGCUUGGAGGAGGAUAAGACGUACACAGCUAGCAUCUACGCCAUUUACCCCGAAGGACCGAGUGAGACUGUGUCUGUCAUCGGGAGAACAUUGAAGCUUGUCCCUGUUAAUCAACUGCUGGUCGAAAACGCCACCACAGACACGGUGCAGGCUCGCUGGCUCUCGGUGAGAGGAGCUUCAGGCUACAGACUCACCUGGGCAUCCUCAGAGGGCCACAUCGAGAGCGUCAACCUUGGAGGGAACUAUAAGUUCUACAUGAUUCAGGGUCUUCAUGCUGGAACCGAGUACACUGUCAGCAUCAACCCUGUGUUUGUGGACGUAGAAGGACCAGUGACGUCGGCCAAAGCCAAGACAUUGGAGAGCAGUGUGGUGCAGUCUCUGAGGGCCACUGCGGUGAGCACCAGCAGCGCUUUGACUUCAUGGAACGCUGUUUCAGGAGCCACAGGGUACAGGUUGGCCUGGGGUCCUACUGCAGAAUUUACCGGGAGAGAUCGGCCCAGGCAGCUGGCUCUGAAUAAGAGCAUUACAGAGUAUUUACUAAAAAAUCUGGUCCAUGACACUGAGUACGUGAUUUCCCUUUACGUCCUGUUUGGCUCUGUGGUGGGACCGGGCAUCACCGCUACUUUCAGAACAUCUCCCCUCGGCUAUGUGUCUAAUUUUAAGGUGAUAUCCUACACCAGUUCUUCUAUAAGUGUGGAAUGGAGUGCCAUUGUAGGAGCCACUGAGUAUAAACUCACCUGGAGCUCAGAGGGAGUUAGUCCGCAAAGCCGAUAUGUGGAUCACAGUGUUUUACAGCUCAGCAUCACUGGCCUCCAGCCAAACACACUCUACACCAUCAGCAUCCACGCUCUGUACGGGAAUAUGGAGGGGCCAGAAAUCUCCCUCACACAGCUAACAGCAGCUUCCUCGAUUGAGUCGGAACAAAUCGAGACAGUAAAGGAACUCAAGGUGGUCGAUAUCGGAGUAAACUCUUUCAGCCUGUCCUGGAGGAAAACGCCUGGAGUUACCGGCUACAAAAUCAGCUGGACCCCUUUUAACGGUGGAGAAAAGAAUAGCGUGACUGUUUCCUCAUCCAUCACAUCAUACACCAUCACCAGACUGCCAGCCAGCUCCGCCUACAAGAUCCAGGUCUCAUCGUUAGUCAGGGAUCGGGAAGGAAGUUCAGCUACGGUCACUGCACGGACCUUGGACUUGCCUAAAGUGAACGGUUUCAGCGCUCUGAACAUCACUGAUGAUAGCGCUGCAUUGAACUGGACCAGAGUUACUGGAGCUUCCGGGUAUCUUCUCUCCUGGAGACAUAUAUCAGAACUCGAGAGUACCACUGAAAAAUUGGGACCUGGUUUCACCUCAUUUAAGAUAAAAAACCUGCAGUAUGGAAGAACUUACAUCUUCAACAUCCGGCCCCUCUACGGAGAGGUAGAGGGCCCCGUCACGACCAUUACCAAACGGAUUGUGGGUGCCUUCCACCUCAUUCCUGUCCACCCUGCCACAUCAGCCCCUGUUCCAGCCAGCAAAGAUUUCACCAUCAGCAGCACCAGCGAGACCACCACUACUCAGAGACCUACUGCCAAGCCGAACCUGACGGUCACUAAAACUUCCCAAUCCAUAACCACUCUCACCACUGCAGCUAAAACCCAAAGCACUCUCUCUACUCCACCAUCUGGACCUGUGUGUGGCAGGGUGAAAGCAGACAUUGUGUUUCUGGUUGAUGAGUCCUGGAGCAUCGGUUCUAAUAACUUUGGCAAGUUGAAGGACUUCCUGUUUAGGAUUGUGACUUAUUUCCCUGUAAUCGGGCCACAAGGCACCCAGAUAGCAGUGGUUCACUACAGUGAUCAGCCCAGGAUCGAGUUCAGCCUGAACACUCAUAGAGAUCGCAGCUCUGUGCUCAGAGCUCUUCGGCAGGUUCGCUACGGAGGAGGAAACACCAAAACUGGUCGAGGGAUCAGUUAUGUUCUCAGGGAGUUGUUCCGGGAGUCUCUGGGGAUGAGGCAGAACGCUCCUCACGUGCUGGUCCUGGUGACAGAUGGAAAAGCCCUGGAUGAUGUGGAACCACCCUCCAGAGUAGCACAUGUUCUAGGUGUAAGUGUGCUGGCCAUUGGUAUCGCAAAUGCUGACAUUCAAGAGCUUAGAAAAAUAGCUACACCAACCACCUACAAGAACGUCUUCUUUGCUGCUGACUUUGAUGAUCUCCCUUCCAUCGAGAGAGAGAUGAUCAGCAGCAUCUGCAGUGAGGCUCUGAUGUCCGAGUUUCAGCACCAUAAAGAGCCUGCCCAACUGGACACACAAACAAAUGACCCGGUGACCGUUUCAAAGCCUGAAGGUCCCUGUCCGAUCCAGUGCAAGGGUCAAAAAGGAGAAAGGGGGGAUGCGUUCGGACACGGUGGUCUGCGCCCGAAGAUAGACGGCGACGAUUUCGAUCCGUUCACCUUAAAGAUUAAAGGAGAGAAAGGAGAGAGGGGUCUUCCUGGAACGGAUGGCAUACCCGGGGUACCGGGACGACCGGGUCGAACCGGACCUCCUGGUUCUGCUGGACUGAGGGGAGCUCCUGGUGUUCCUGGGGAUAUGGGACCACCUGGCAUUACAGGACCAAAAGGUCAGCGAGGGGAGAGAGGAGAACCCGGGUAUGUCAUGGGAAGCAUGGAUGUUGGUCCAGGACGUAAAGGAGAACCUGGAUCAUCUGGUCCUCAGGGGCCUCCAGGUGUACCAGGUGUCUCAGGACCUCCAGGACUCCCGGGUCAACCUGGACCACCUGGAAUUCCAGGCAUUUCUAUAAAGGGUGAGACCGGAGAGCCUGGCCUUAAAGGUCCACGCGGGAAACCGGGACCCAAAGGAGAAAAAGGGGAAGUUGGAGAAAAUGGUCAAGCCGGUUUACCUGGACCUAUAGGAGUGGAUGGAGGUCCUGGAGUUCCUGGACAGAAAGGUGAAAAAGGAGAAAAUGGAGUUGGAAUUCCUGGUGUCCAAGGUGUGCAGGGUUCUCCUGGAGAAAAGGGAAAUACGGGGCUGCCAGGGCCAAUUGGACCAAAGGGUGAUCAGGGAAUUCAUGGAGCGACAGGAACGAGUGGCCUGAGGGGAAAAAGAGGUUUGAAAGGGGAGCAAGGAGCCAAGGGUGAUCGUGGAGAUAUAGGGCCUAUGGGACAUCAUGGAUUGGCAGGUGUGCCUGGAGCUAUUGGAACAAAGGGUGAGAAGGGAGAGCACGGAGCACCGGGAGACCCAGCGGAAGGCAUCCUCGGACCCCCUGGGAAGAAGGGUGCAAGGGGGGAUAUCGGCCCGGUCGGACCUCCCGGGCUUCAGGGAAUUAAAGGUGUCCAAGGAGACAAAGGUGAAAAGGGCAGUCCUGGCUUCGGGAUUCCUGGACAGCCGGGUCCUAAGGGUGAGACUGGUGAGAGGGGUAAUGUUGGAUUAUCAGGGAAACCUGGACCUAAGGGCAACGAUGGCUUUAAAGGAGAAAAGGGUAACAUGGGUCUCCCAGGAAACCCAGGACCUUCUGGACUAAGAGGUAAAGAUGGUUUGCCUGGCUCAAGAGGAGACCGUGGACUUCAGGGAGAGCCGGGUCCUCCAGGGCAGCCAGGAGAGAAAGGAAUCAGGGGUCCUCUUGGUCUCCCCGGACAGCCAGGAGGCACCGGUGAGAAAGGAGACGCUGGGAAAAUCGGGUUUCCGGGUCCCGAAGGUCCCAAAGGAGAGAAAGGCGAGCAAGGGAAACCCGGUCCACCUGGAAACUAUCAAUUGUCCAUGACAGACAACGUCAGAAUCAUCAAGGGUGAGCCAGGUGAUCCAGGCGAGCGUGGGCUCCCAGGCCUGCGUGGAGAUACAGGACUACCAGGACCACCAGGUCCACCAGGACAAUCUGCAACUUCACCAUUAAUAGACCUUACUGGUGUGUCUGACAGAGGUGGACUGGAUGGUUUAAAAGGAAUGCACGGACCAAAGGGUGAACCUGGGAAGAAAGGGGAAGCAGGAGCUAAAGGAGAUAAAGGAGAGCCUGGGCGAGUGGGAGUUGCCGGCAUGCCUGGUUUACCCGGUGUUCCUGGUAAACCCGGUGUGGAUGGCAAGCGUGGACUAGCAGGAAAAGAUGGACAAGAAGGACUCAGGGGUAGUGAUGGGAAAAAGGGAGAGAAAGGAGAACCUGGUGUUGCUGGUAAAGAUGGACCGAAGGGAGAUGCAGGUCCUCCAGGUUUGCCUGGUCCUCCUGUUGUAGUGCCCGAGGGUGCUUCAAUAGAUGAUUUUAAAACAGCAUUUACAGGAUCAGUGGGUCUUCCUGGAGCGACGGGUUCUCCUGGCAUGAAGGGUGAAAAAGGAGAUCCAGGAGAGAAGGGUGACACUGGUUUGCCAGGGAAGGGUGUUGAAAUGAAGCACAUCGAGGCAUUAUUUGAAUCAUAUGGAAUUAAGCUUUCCCUGCUGAAGGCCUUAAUUGACAGACUGCUCCAGGAUGGUAUGGAGGAACUACUGCAUGAAAUCAGUACGAAGAAAAGAACCAAAGAACGGAGGAUAAACCCUGACUCCAACAUCAUCACUGAAUACACUAACUCAGUGAAGUAUGAACUCUCGAGUGAGCCACAGACUGACGGACUCCUGACCGAAGAUGUGGAUCUCAGUCAAUCCUACCCAGUUUUAUUCAAUGAAACAGAAGAUGUUGGAACUCUGUGGAAUGCCACCGAGGAUAGUAAAGAAGAUCUGAGAAGAACAGAGGGCAGGAUUGAAGUAGAAGAAGAAGGAGAGGCUCUGCUAGAAACCUUCACACAAGCGCCGUCUGUUUUCAUCACCACUCAGUUUAACAUCUCUUCAAACACGAUUGCGACAGCUAAAGCAGAGGUAAGUAUGGAGGACGUCCUCCACAGUCAGGAAAACACAGUGAAGAAGACUUCUGGUGAGAAGAAGAAGGGACGAGAAAGAGGAAAGGGUAAAGGGAAUAAAGGACGACAUAAACGACACAGGAAGCGAUUGGAAGAACUAGAUAAAGAGGAGCUCGAGGAGGAGAAUCAUGAUGAUGAUGAUGAAGAAGAAGAUGAAGACGGAGGUGGUGAUGAAGAGUAUCAGUAUGAAUAUGAGGAUGAGCUUGUUACAGAAGAGACUGUUCUCUCUCAUGAGGAAGAGACAGAGAGGAUGAUCUACACAACUGCAGAGCCUUUCCCCUCGACAUCAGCGGUCACGCAGCAGCCAAGUGAAGGCACGAUAUCCUCAGACCUCGAUACACCAACUGCAGAAAAGGGGGUCAUGUCCAGUUCUGAUGCACAAAGAACAAUGCCUAAAGUGAAGCGGAGCGCCCCCUCGCCCGAUUACGAGCCCUCAAACAGUGCAAGAAAGAAAAAGAAACAAAAUAAAAAGAAGCUGAAAUACAAGGAGUCAGAAACUGAGGCUGAAAUAUACAAGGAAACAGAUCUAGAAAGAGAAGUGGAGAGACAGGCUGAAAGAGAGAGAGAGGUGACGGAGUGGGACGUGGACGAGGAAGAGGAGCGAGGGACAUGGGCUGAACCGGAGCCUGAGCAGAGCUCUGGAGACAGAGACGAAGAGAGGAGCAGCGAGAACGGGGAGAAUGAGGACUGGAACUGGGAUGAAGAGAGAGAGCGAGACAGGAUGGAGAUGGAGAGAGAACGAAUUGAGCUAGAGCGUGAGAAAGAGGAGGAGUUAGAAAGGGAGGUAGUUGUAGAGAGAGAGAGAGGGAGGGAGAGAGAGACGGAGCGAGAGGACGUGGUGGAGAGACAGAGGAUGGAGUGGGAGAUGAUGGAGAGGGAGGAAGACAUGAGGGCCCACAUCUCUCAGUAUGAACUUCUGAAGGGACCUCCAGGUGAAAAUGGUCUACCAGGACCCAAGGGUGAGAUUGGAGAGAAAGGACAAAAGGGUGAGCCUGGAAUAGGACACCGUGGCCCUGUUGGUCAGGCUGGUCCACCUGGACAAAAGGGUGAGCCUGGAGAACCAGGACCACCUGGAGCACAGGGCAUUCAGGGAAUCCGGGGCAACCCGGGGAUUCCAGGAACACCGGGUCACAAUGGUGCGCCAGGAGAACCUGGAGAGCCAGGUAAAGAGGGUGACAGAGGAAGACGAGGAAAAAAUGGAUCACCUGGCUCUCCUGGUGCGCCUGGACCUCCAGGAAAAGAAGGGAUUCCUGGUCCUCCAGGAGUGAAAGGCAACAAGGGCGACAGCAUCCCGGGGGAGCCAGGAGAGAGGGGCGUGGCUGGACUUCCAGGACGCAGGGGCGCCAAGGGCACUUUAGGGGUCAGAGGACCACCGGGACUCAUGGGUCCUAAAGGUCUCACUGGCAUCAAAGGAGAAAAGGGUGAUAAAGGUCUACCAGGCAACCGAGGCGAGAAAGGAAGUCCUCUGUCCAUGCCUGGGCCACGUGGAUUUAAAGGCACAAAAGGAGAAGCGGGUGAACGAGGAUCUCCGGGAUUUGAUGGCGAUAAAGGGGAGAAAGGAGAGGAUGGACCGCCGGGGGUGAAGGGUUUGAAGGGAGAAGCUGGGGUCAAAGGAAGUAUGGGUCCAUUUGGAGCACGGGGGCCUGUAGGACAAAAGGGAGAAGCAGGAGAAGCAGGCACCAAUGGAGAAGCGGGUCAUAACGGACAGAAUGGACUGCAGGGUGAAAAAGGAGACAAGGGAGACAUGGGAGAGCGAGGACAAAAGGGUGAAGAGGGAGAGAAAGGAGAACUUGGAUUACAAGGAGACAAAGGCAACAAAGGAGAACAGGGUUUCCGAGGUAUGCCAGGAAGGAUGGGCCUCCCAGGAAUAGAUGGGGAACCGGGCAGUAUUGGAGACCCUGGAGCACCGGGCAUUCCUGGACUUAACGGACCCCCGGGACGAAAAGGAGAAAAAGGUGAUGGAGGUCAACAUGGAGUUGAUGGUGAACUAGGGAAGAAGGGAGAGAAGGGAUCUUCAGGUUUUCCAGGAUUCACAGGUUUUAAAGGAUCUCCAGGUGCACCAGGACCAACCGGAGCUCCUGGACGACCUGGUCCAGUUGGACCUAAAGGGGAAGUUGGACCUAAGGGAGAAAGAGGAAGGAGAGGCAGAGGGAAGCCUUGUCAGAGAGGCAUCCCGGGAAAUCCUGGACAAAAAGGACUGGAUGGUGAGAUAGGGCUAGAAGGACGGAAAGGGGAGAAAGGAGAUCCAGGACUUACGGUAGAGGAGGUGAAGAACCUGGUGACCAAAGAAGUAGUGGAAAAGUGUGGGAAAGAUCAAGCGUACCUUCUUGUGAUGAGCACCAAAGAGCCAGAAGAAAAGAGUGUUCUGAAAGAGGACAAGAGAAAGGAGGAGUCUCAUCUCGCUCACAUGGAUAAGGAGAAAGAGAAGCAAAUCUCUGCUUCACCCACCGUUUCACACAUCGAGCCAAAUUUACUGUAUGACAAUAUCACAGGUACUGAAAACCAGGAAACAAAGCAGACUCAGAGAGAUCGAAGACACGCCCUUAAGGUGACAGAAGCAUCUGCCUCAGAGGUCUGUCUUGAGCCGAUGUCCGAGGGACACUGCUCCGAGUACGUGUUGCUCUGGUACUUCCACCUGAGCUCUGGAGCGUGCCGGCCCUUCAUCUACAGCGGCUGUGGAGGAAACAGAAACCGAUUCGGUACAAAACACGACUGUCAGGCUUACUGCAGCCGGGGGCAGAGAGAUCCUCGGUCCUGAUGACAGCACCCACUGAAGCGCUGCCGUUCUGUCCAGUGAUUAAUGCCAUUCUUUUGUAUAUUUUGUUAAUUUUUUCACUUAGUUAUUUUUUUAAGUGCGUCUUUACCGUCCUCGCUGUACACCAUUUGUUUCUAUCCGUUUGGAGUUGUCUUGAAUGUAUUUCAUUUUCCCAUCAUACAGAAUUUGCAUACUAAGAGCCAUACAUUGUUGCACUGUCAUACCAGUAUGCGAUUAUUAUAUGCCUUUGCCCUGUGAUCAUAAAAGUCCUGUACCAAUUCAGUGCAAUUUUACAUGAUUUUAGUUACACAGUCACUUUGAUCAACACUUUGUGGUGGUCAUUUUGCACUAACAGCUCUGUUUAUUUAAAAACGAUUCAACCUCGGCAGGUUAAUUUUCAUUUCUAAGGAUAUUAAAAAUGGCUUCAUGGAGGCACUGUAGGGAAAUUAUAAUGCUCACUGUGUGUGUUGUGUGUGUGUGUGUGUGUGUGUGAAUAUAAAUGCGUGGGUUUACGUCGUGACCUCUCUCACACUUGCUUACAUACAGUUCUACGAGCUUCAUCCUGUGUAUAAACACUGUCAUAUUGGCUUUGCUUCAACUCAGUUUGUUGAGUCGUGUCUGGAGAGAGUCUCCUGGGGCCCAGACAGAGAAUCCUGAAAGAACCGGAUGUUUUUAGUGAGUGUGUGUGGGAUUGUGUGUGUGUGCGCCAAUAGAUUAUGGCUAUCCCAGUGUCUCUCAUUAGUUUCACACACUCUUCUAGCCUGAGGGUCUUCACUGAGAUGUAAACUUUAUGGGUAAUUCCUGUACCUUUCUUUAUUAUUUAACAAUAUAUUAUAAUCCGAUGAGGUUUAACCUUGUGUUCUCCUGUUUCUUUUCUGUGUGGUUUGUCCAUGUGGUGUGAGCCAGCACUCCAGAUGAAGGCACAACAGGAGGAAUAAGUCUCCAGUGUCUCCAAUGACAGAUAAUGUGUUGUAGGGGAUCCCCGGGCUGACACAACCCACGAGAGGGAGAGGGAGAAAGAGAGAGAGAGAGAGAGAGGUGCAAGAAAUAGACAAUUUGCAACAGAAUUAUACAGUACAUACACCAUAACCUUCAAUACACUAUGGAAUUUGUUCAAAAUAUUAAUCAUAUUCCUCCAAUUGCGCACCUACACCAAUGUAACUCUGUGUAAAAGUUGCCUUUUGUGCUCCGAACAGAGAUCACACUCCUACGACACUUACAGUCGUGUGACACUUGCAGGCAUCUCAAGGCCAAAUCUGUGCAUGACUUGGUUAACGAGUCUGAUGAAACACUCAGACAUCAGAACUCAAUCGCAAAACACAACAACAGCAGAAAAGCUCCGGUCAGUGGAGGAGGUCCAGGGAAUCAUUUACAUACUGUAUACACACACUAGGACACAAAGAGAACUCAGUACAGACAGUACACUCAGGAUCGAUCCACACCCUGGAGCUGUGAGGCAUAAACAGUAGCAAAGCCCUUAAGCCAAAUUUAAUAGAUAAAAUGAAUAAAACAUGCUGUGAGUGAUAUUCGUAGUUAAAGACAUGAACACAUCGAUGUGCUGUAAAUAUUUAACAAUAUAUUUUCUUUUUAAUCUCCGAAGUUUCCUCGAGUUUAAGUAGAAAUCGUAUAAUAAGAGCCUGUUUUUUGUUGAAGCUUUUGCUGAGGACAAUCAAAAUAUAACUCUCUUGGAGACACUUGUUGAUGAUCUUGAUUCACUCCUCCAUACAGAAUUCCUUUAUAAACUUGUGCAUGUGGAUGCCUUUUAUGUUCCUCAACCAUUAUCUUGUAACAAGGUGCUUGAAUUUGACAUUUAAGCACUUGAAAUACCUCGAAAAUAGACAUUUUUAUCUAGCAGUGCUCAACCCUUCUUUUUUACCAGUAUGCUGCCAUUCCAAACCACCGGAUGAAGGGAAACGGGCUUAUCGGAUAUUUUCAGUCAGUGUAAACAAACUGAAUGAUGUUCAGGCUGUGAGUCCGAUAUAAAAUGAGUCUGUUGUCUUUCAGUGUGUUUUAGACGCGUGUUUUUCCCUCUGUUGGAGAGCCUUACAUAGAAUUUUACUGGUUGAAGAUCAAAUCUGAGCUGCUUUUUAGAUGAACAACCACUUGGAGCAUCGCCGAGAGCAGAAAUGGGUUUGAUAUCAACAUUUACUUUGAAUAUUUAAACAUUCAUAUGGAGAAAAAUUAACCGUUUUGUUUUAUUUGGAACUUUUCUAUAAAUAUAUUUCCCUGGUAGUUUAGGUAAAAACAGAACUCCUUCUGAAACACUACAAAUUCUUAAAGUCCUGAGUGUCUACUUUCAUAUGAGCUUCAUAUUAACCUCCACUGUGGAGUGAGACAUGACAAAGAUAACAAAAACAGGAGGAAAAAUAGAGUUUAAAAAGUGUUUGAAUUAUAAAUGGUUAAAUGGCUAAAUAACUAAAAAGUGUUCAUUUCAUUAGGAUACAGUCCUUUCACUCAAAAUAUGACACAUCGCUACACGCCCUCCUCCUCUUCCCUCCUCUAUUUCCACACGUUUUGACAGAGACAGCUCCUGUAACUCAUCCGGAGUAUACUGACAUUAUAGUAAGGAUGAAGCAAUGCCUAGGGAAUGCAUGGUUAAUUCACAUCAAUUCAAUUAAAUUUUAUGUGCAUAGUGCUUUUAAUGUCUCAAAGCAGCUUUAUAGAACAUAAGCAACAUAGUACAAAAGUCCAAGAUUAAUGUAAUGUUAUUAAAAGAGACAUCAACAGAUCACUCUUAACCUCCUGGCAGAGGCAUCCAGCUAUUAGGUGAAAAUAUCUUGCUCUUGUCUUGUCAUUAAUUUGUUACCCGAUUGUCUUCCACCUGUUCUGUGUUCGCCCUUGAUUCGUUCAUCUAUAUGUUUAGCGUCAAAAUAUUAGCAAAGGUCUUUCAUUGUUCUUCCUGGUUUUGACAAAGAUUAUGGAUUAUUGCUGUUUUAAUUAUUGGCUUAUUGGAUUAAAAUAAAACAGUUUUACACACUCUUGCCCUACCACACACUCUCCUCACAGCAUGAGUUUGUUUAAUGGAGCUUUCUGAGUGAUUUAUUGCGCUUAUUUCUCCUGCACUAUUUAAUAAAAGUGUAAAAUAAAAAAAAAU